AUGGUUGAGGUGGUUGUGGAAGCAAAUCUGGAGGAUCGGCCAGUCUCAAAUGGUCUAGACUGGGAGAAGCUGUUCAAAAUGGCUGAAGAUCCGGAGUUUGACGACAUCAAUCGAGGGCCGAUAGAAACAGCCAUUGCCCAUUUAGAAGGUAAAGAGGUACACAAACUAUCGGCGAUUCGUAAUCUCGGAGAUUUAUUUCAAAAUGAAGGUGAAGACGCAAUCCAGCGAGUAUUGCCGGCUGUUCAGUUCGUUGAAUAUUGA